AUGGUGAGUGACGGUUGUACGGAGGAUGGUUGGGAGAGGGAGUCUUUGUUGCAUUCGCCAGGCGCUGAAGCGAGGCCUAGUGAUAUUAGCAGUAAAGCCGAGAAAUUCACCUCCAGUACCAUCACUAACACUAUUACGGCCACUGAUACUACUGCUGCUACUACUACUCUCACUGCUACUACUGCUAUCUCACAACUGUACUUCAUUCUUCUGGAUACAAUUUCUCGGCUACAAAAUAUUGCUAAUUUUCUCUGA